UUAUUGGUUGUUUAUUGCCAAGGUUUUCAAUACUCUUUAUUAUUAUUCUACUUAUGGUUUGUUCUCAAUACGGCUCGCUAAUGUGUAUGUAAAACGUGUAAAAGCUGUCGAUUAACAAUACUACGUUAAUAUGUUAAGUUACUCUGGAAGAUUGCGGAAACGAUGUUUAGGUAAUAGCUGCUCAUAUCCAAAUAUGAAUAUAUGUGAUACUUCGUCCGCACUUUCGUGACAUGAUUCGAUUAUAAUAUGCAUAUAGCUGUUAGUUCAAAUACCGUUGUUGGCCAGUCGAAUACAACAGUGUUGCAGAAGUUACACGAUACUUGGCUCAUCGAAACGAAUAGUGAUUAAGUGAACAGAACAAAAUCCACGCGUGUUUGACUUGGAAGUUCGUGCGCACCGUUAUUCGACUCAUUUUCCGGUAUGAGCUUAGAUUCGGAAGCGAAUAAGUGGACUUGCGAGUACUGUACAUACGAAAAUUUCCCCUCCGCUGCAAAAUGUACCAUGUGCAAAGGCGCCAAACCUCUGAUAACCGAAGAUAUCUACAAGCUUGGAAACGAUACCCAGAGUCACAAUAGUUCAACGUUAAAUACCGUACCUUCUUCGCCGUUGAAACAAAGUGAUAAAUGUAAUACAUGGCGUUGUGAUAUAUGCAAACAUGUUAAUUCGAUCGGAUCGAAAGAAUGUGUCGCUUGUAAUACGUCCAGAUACAACGAAGCAUCUGUGCAAGAACAACUAAGCUCAUUGACAAUCGGCGAAAACGAACUGGUCCCAGCCGCCGUCAACGAUCAACAACGUGGUCAGCCGAAUCAAAAAUGGUCGUGUCCGGUUUGCACGUACGAGAACUGGCCCAAAGCUAUGAAAUGUAUUAUGUGCUUAUCCAUUAGAAAUAGAAUAUCACCCGUUUCUUCCACCAAUUGCAUCAACUCGCCGGAACGAGAGCUUUUCGUCAACUCUCGAACGACCGAAGAUAAUUUAAAUAGAUCUAGAAAAGCGAAUAUCCGCAGAAUGGACGAUUCGCGAUGUACCUCGCCUAGCAAUAACAUCGAAACGGAGAAAAAAUUGAAACAACAGCGAAAAUUGCAAAGGAAUAUCGAUCGGCCUUGGCUGAACGCGUGUAUGGGUGUUUUGAACGGUGAUCCGGCUCCGGUAUUGGCAUACAUGGCCGCCGGCGGUAACCCGAGCAGACAGCUUACUCAGAAUGAGGUGACCGCUUUGGGUCGGCCGUCGGCCUUUGAUGUUGGCUAUACUCUGGUUCAUUUGGCUAUUAGGUUUAACCGUGAAGACAUGCUGGCGACGUUACUAUCGCAUAUCGAAGGCAGCAGCAGUGGUAUCAAAAGGGUACCAUCGUACGUAGCUCCUGAUCUGGCGGCCGACAUCAGAAGGUUUUUCGAGUCCGAUGUACGCCAAAGAAAAUCGAAUUUCGCUUGCCCUUUUGUCAACGAACAGACAACCUUUUUUUUACCAGCUGAAAUCGAAGACUUACCAUCCAUCAUUCAAGAACAAUUAUUCGAAGAAAUUUUAGAUAAAGAUGUACAACAACAGCUCGAAGCUCAUCCUCCUGUAAUCAACUGGUCGUUAGAAGUCACGUCGCAUCUAGGAUCUCGCCUGUACGCCUUAUGGAACCGAUCUGCCGGCGAUUGCUUGCUCGAUUCUGUGAUGCAAGCCACUUGGGGAGUGUUCGAUCGCGAAAGUAUCCUCAGAAAAGCAAUGUUCGACGCUUUGUCUCAUCCUCACAGCGGUCAUAUGUUUUACUCGAGAUGGCGCGAAUACGAAACCAUUCAAGCGAUGAUGAUGCAUUUUUCAUUGGAAGAAACCCAGUGGCAAAACGAUUGGUCAGCAUUAGUAGCGUUGGCUAAUCAACCCGGAUCUAGUCUCGAACAGUUGCAUGUAUUCGUAUUAGCGCAUAUACUUCGACGUCCUAUUAUCAUUUACGGUGUUAAAUAUGUUAAAAGUUUCCGAGGCGAGAAUAUCGGAUACGCGAAAUUCGAAGGUGUCUAUUUACCUUUAUUAUGGGAGCCGAAUUUUUGUAUUAAAUCGCCUCUAGCGUUAGGAUACACGAGAGGUCAUUUCUCGGCGUUAGUUCCAAUGGAGCCGGAAGCAGCUACUUCGAUGAAUACGCAUAUUAAAUCCGAGUCCGAUCUAUACGUUACGUUUUUACCAUUAAUGGAUCAUAAUCAUAUUAUACUGCCUGUUCAUUUCAUAAGUCAGACUGAAAUGGGUCGAGAAGAACGUUUACUCAGACAAUGGCUGGACGUUUGCGUUACUGAUUCGGGUUUGUUAAUCGCCCAGCAAAAGUUACAACAGAGACCGCUCCUAGUUGCUCAAAUGGUCGAAGAAUGGUUGAAUUAUUAUCGUAGAUUAGCUCAUAUGUCAAUUGCACCAUUUCAUCGACCUAUUCCAGUCCAAGAUUAUUCCAGCGAAGGCGAAACAGACGACGAGUAAUUUACCCAAACAGCCGCGCUCAUCCCCUCGCUCGAUUUUUUGAUACUUUAUUUUCUGUCAGCGCACGUAGAGGUGAAUGUUUCCUCGCUUUUUACCUAUAUGUAUAUUUCUUCUUUUUGUUUUCGGUUUCGUAUACCUACAUUAUUAAUUUUUGAACCGCUCAAGUGAGAAUAACCGUUUACGAUCGAAGCUGAUUUUAUCGAAUGAAUUAAGCGUAUUUUGCUGCAUAGCUUUUUGGAUCCCCCCCCCCCUCCGGUUGAACGUGUGGUGAUGAAAAUUAAUCGUAUGCGUAAAAAUUAUCGGUUUUUGUCCCCCCUCCCCCCACCCUUCACAAACAUCCAUUCCUUUAUCCCAAAGUUGUCGUUUUUAUCGCUCGAAUCUAACGCGCGAUAUAAUAUCUACUUAUGUGAUGCUAAAGAAAAAAAUAAUGCUCGUCGAUCGAUCGUGAUUGAGGAUGAUUUUUUUUCUUUUUAAUGUCAACAUAAAUGAAUAAACUAGUCAACAACGCAACAGGGUAGGAUGGUAUGUUGUACUUUGUGUUUAAAACUGUGGCAAAAUAUCGAUUUAAGAUUUAAUUUUCCUCGAUUUUUAUUUUUAUAUCGUUUUAAUCACGAAUUUCAAAGCACGUCUUGUGCAGCGUGUGUAAUGGUGUAUUAAGUUUUACUCUCUUUUUUUUUUUGUUUAACGUUUAUUAGAUGUUAGGUGUGACUUUCCGGUGUUCAGAAUAGCCUUUUAUGUUUACUUCGAAUGCUAAAUGUGUGAUUUUCGAGUGUCCGGUGAUCAAGUGUGUGCGGGGGGGGGGGGGGUUGAAGACGAUGGUUUUGUGUUUUGAGAAUUUGGGGAGGGGGGCUGCUGAGACAUUGUUGCGUGAAGUUAUGAUUUAAUCUGAACAAUUGUAUCGAUUUCAAGCCAUUUUAUCAAUCAAAUUGAAUUCACUAGAUUUCGUCUGUGUGAAAUUAUUCGGCGAAAAAGUUGUAUUACUGCAUUUAAAAGCUGUUUUUCUCUUUGUUCUAUCUUUUAAAUUGGCUUAUCUACGUUAGAGAAAAAAAAUUGUGAGCUGGGGGAGACUGUGGUUCGUGGUAGCGAAUUUCGAACCCCUUAGAUACGGUUUAUCAAAUUCGAACUACGCGAUGAGAAAGUAAUCGCGUUCGCAAGCUGAUUUUUUCCCCUCUGUUGGCAAUUUUUUUUUACAAUGAGAGUAAGACGUGAUUACGUCAGGUUUUUGUUACUGCUUUUUUGUUCGGUCGCUUUAAAAAAGCUGCCUCGCGAAUAAAGCCAGGCUAUAAAAAUAACCGAAUAUUCGUAAUUAAGCUGCAAAGAAUUUUCAAUACUAAUUCCAAAGUUGAAUAUUGUGUUUCUGUUUCCAGGAUUAUUGUGAUUAUGUGUGUGAGCUCUCGCGUGUACUCUGCAAAAUGCUUAUGCUAUACAAACGUUGGACAGGAGGGGUUAUCCCGGUGUUCACUUUUUACUUCUUCUUACAAUUAUAUGUAUUUUUUCCCUCAUCGUGACAAUAUUUUUACGCAAAAAAUUGAUCAUUUUAACGAGUAUCACUAUUUACCUUAUUUAAUAUUCUAUGUAUUUUACAUGUACGCAAUAAAUGCAAAGAGAAUGGCGAUUUACCAAAAUUAUUCGUAAUUCAGGGUGUCUAACAGGUACUGCAGGUACUGCAAGUACUGUAAAAGUACUGCAUUGAAAUCCUCGGUACUGCAAGUACUGCAAAGUACUGCAUUUUGCCUGAAAAGUACUGUAUUUUUUCUCAGAAUCAUUGAUUUAAAAUUUUUUAAAAACCUCAAAAUGAAUUUAUUGGUGAAAAUGAAAAAAAAAUGUUCAUUUUGUACCUCAAAAGAUGGCAACACUUGUUAAAUUAAUACUUGUAAAAAUUUUCCAACCGGUUCAAAAAUAUUUUUUUCUGGUGGGGGGGGGGGGGUCAGUGUAAUCUAGAUAAAAAAAAAAUAAGGUAAUGCAAAAGGUACUGUAAAAGUACUGCAUUUCUUCGGAGUAAUUUUGUUAGACACCCUGGUAAUUGGAGAUUAUUAAAGAAUUACAUUUACGUGUGUGUACCUUUGAUACCAAAAAAAUACUCUUUCGCAGCAUUUUUCUGUUUACGAAAUCGUUGACUUGAGAAAAAAAAAGAAAGGUACCCGAGUUGUGCCUUGUAAAAUUUUAACCUUUUAUUAGCGAAAAAAAAACGUACUGUUGAAAAUGAUUCGUAUUAAGAAAGAUGCUUAUAAGUAAAUUGUUUAUUGAUAUAAUUUUUAAUACGUUGGUUGAAGUAAUUUUAUUAUGUGUUUUGUAGUUAAGGUAUAGGAUGUGUUUUUUUUUCUCUUCCUCUUUUUUCCCCCCUUCUUUCUUUAUUUCUUUGAGAAGUGUUUCGUUAAAUAUCUACAUUUCGUACGGUAGAUGUAGAAAAUAUUGAAAGUUACUAUAUAGGUUUAAUGUAUAGUUUAUCUAUGUUCAAUAAAAAUUGACAUUUUUUCAUUAACGUUGUUAACAUACUGAAGUACGGGUAAUGUACAAAUAAAUAAGUUAGUACCCACGUUAUGUAUUUGGGAAUGUUGCAAUAAAAAUUGUUACUUGUUGCACUGUUAA